AUGACAUCUCUUCCACCAACAUCAACCCUCCCAACACUGGAUGCCGAACAAAGGGCACAAAUUCUCGACACCCUCUUUGAGCCGUGCCAGCAACUGCACACACUAUCCGUCAGCCUACUGCGAGAACAGUCAUUCCCAACCUAUGACUCUCUCAUUGAUGCCGUAGGCCAGCAGCUGCUGGGACUCUUCCGAUCAAAUUUGGAGAGCGAUCAAAAAUGGCUAGAGGCCAUUUUAGCCGCCCAUCCGCGGUUAGGUGAGAAAAAGGUUGACAGUGAGCAGAGUCGCAAGGAGCAAGCGCAACUGAAUCAAGGCGGGACGGAGGAGGCAGAGAAGCUGGCGGCCAUGAACCGGAAAUACGAAGACAAGUUUCCAGGUCUACGAUAUGUAGUGUUCGUGAAUGGACGAAGUCGCCCCGUCAUCAUGGAAGACAUGCAGCAGCGAAUAGACAGAGGCGACAUCCAACUGGAAAAGCAAGAGGCAAUCAAGGUAGGCAGUACUGCUCUCGUGAACCCGUGCAGCCUCAGUCAAGUCACCCAAACUAACGCCUUCUUCUGUUCCCGCCAAAAGGCAAUGUGCGAUAUCGCGAAGGAUCGUGCGAAGAAGCUGGGCGGCUGA